GCUUCUUCUUGUUUAUGGGUCUUUGAAUUUGUGUUUAAAAAUGGAACCUUUAUUAUUAUUAUUUUUUUUGGUACAUGAACCUUUAUUAUUCUUUGAAACUGUAAUGCGUUUUCCUUGGUUGCCAAGAAAAUUCCAGAAAAUGAUGGCUUUUGGCCUGAGAGUGUUGAUUGAUGGAGGAAAAUAACAUGAACCCUGUUAUAAAAAAGAUGUUUUUUUUGUUCUUUCACCAUAAAAGCAAUGAAGAACAGGUUGUUUUUGCUAAUUUAUUUCUGUUUGCAACAAUUUUUCGUUGCUUCUGUUGUCUGGAUUCAUGCUAUCUUUAUAAUUAUUGGUACAUAACCAUAAAUAACUGAAAGAGUUAAACUUUAUUGAUUAAACAUAUGCUUGUUGCAAAUUUCUUGGUGAUUCAUUACUUUGUAACUUUCCAGGUCGUUUGUUUGCUCAACAGUCAUAUGCAUAUUCCCCUUAUUUUAUCUUCAUCCGUUUUUAUUUUGUUACACUAAAUUGUGUUUUCUGUGCUUUAAAUUUGAAAUAUCAUGCCAGGUGCAAUAGCAUCUUGAACUUGUUCUCUCCUGUGAUUUUUCAGAUCCUGCUGAGGCUUUAAGGAAAGAUAUCUCCAUGUGCAGUGGUUCCAAGAGGAAACCUUCUCAAACUGGUGUUGUCAUGGAGGAUGAGUAUGGAAAAGGAGAAGGACUGCAUCAUAAAAUUUCUGCCUUGCUUGAAUUUUCGGCUGCAGAUGAUCUGAUUGGUUUCAAAAAUACGGUUGAAAAGGAGGGUCAUGAUGUUGAUGAGGUUGGCUUGUGGUAUGGAAGGAGGGUUGGCUCCAAGAAAGUGGGUUAUGAAGAGAGGACGCCUCUCAUGGUAGCUGCUAUGUUUGGAAGCCUAGGUGUAACAACUUAUAUUCUUGGAACAGGUCGUGUUGAUGUUAACCGGGCUAGUGGAUCAGAUGGGGCUACUGCUCUGCAUUGUGCUGUUGCUGGGGUUUCUGCUGCUUCCUUUGAGGUUGUCAAGCUUUUGCUUGAUGCAUCUGCUGAUGUUAGUGCUGUUGAUGCCAAUGGUAACCAACCCCUUGAAUUGAUUGUCUCUGUUCCUAAUGCUAUCUUCAAUCCAAGGAAGAGGAUGCUACAAGCCCUACUGGAGGGUAAAGAUGGUGCUGAUCAGGCAUGUCUUACAUUUCUUGGAGUGGUUGACCAAAUUGAGGAACAACAAAGACAAGAUAUGAACACACCUCGUGUUUCAAAAGAUGGGACUGAGAAGAAAGAUUAUCCUGUUGAUCUCUCCCUUCCAGACAUAAAGAAUGGGAUAUAUAGUACUGAUGAGUUUAGGAUGUAUACAUUCAAAGUGAAGCCAUGUUCAAGGGCUUAUUCUCAUGAUUGGACUGAGUGCCCCUUUGUUCAUCCAGGGGAAAACGCAAGGCGGCGUGAUCCAAGGAAAUAUCAUUAUAGCUGUGUUCCUUGUCCUGAGUUUCGGAAGGGAUCCUGCAGCAAGGGGGAUGCCUGUGAGUAUGCACAUGGUAUUUUUGAGUGCUGGCUGCACCCUGCCCAGUAUCGGACACGACUUUGCAAGGAUGAGAUUGGAUGCACAAGAAGAGUUUGCUUCUUUGCUCACAAGCCUGAGGAGCUUCGUCCCUUGUAUGCUUCUACUGGUUCUGCUAUUCCUUCUCCCAGGUCAUAUUCUGCUAGCCCGUCUGCAUUGGAGAUGGGUUCAGUGAGCCCAAUCUCACUUGGUUCUCCAUCUGUCUUGAUACCACCUGCAUCAACACAACCUUUAACCUCAUCUGGAGGAUCUUCUCCUUUGGCUGGAUCCAUGUGGCAGACUCAAUCAAAUGUUACUGUCCCUACCCUGCAGCUGCCCAAGAGCAGAUUGAAGACUGCAUUAGCUGCUAGAGAUAUUGAUUUAGAUAUUGAAUAUCUUGGAGGACUUGAAACUCAUCUACGUAGGCAGCAACUGUUGAUGGAUGAGAUAUCUGGUCUUUCCUCCCCUUCCAACUGGAAAAAUUCGAUGCCUAAUAGUCCAUCUUUUCCUGUUUCUUUGGGUGAUCAUACCGGGGAGUUAAAUAGGCUUUCAGGGGUGAAGCCUGCUAAACUUGAAGACAUUUUUGGGUCUCUUGAAUCUCCAACUGGAAUCCAGAUGUGUCAAAAUGUGAACCAGCAGCUGCGAAGUUAUCCUUCCAGCCUUUCCACUUCAAAUGUGAUUGGAUCGCCGUCUUUUAGGGUUGAUCCAUCUGGGGAAGCAGCCACAGUAGCUUUGAAUCCAAGAAUUGCUGCUUUUUCAAAGCGGAGCCAGAGCUUCAUUGAACGUAGUGUGGUGAAUCAUCAUUAUGAGCUUCCUUCUCCUGCUACCUCUGUAGCAGCAAAGCCUUCUACCUUUUCUGACUGGGGUUCCCCUGAUGGAAAAUUAGAUUGGGCUAUACAUGGAGAAGAGCUGAAUAAGCUGAGGAAAUCUGCUUCUUUUGGAUUUCGGAGCAGCAGUAGUCCUUUAAGGAUGGGUACAACCAAAGUAGCCGCAGAUGUUGAUGAACCAGAUGUGUCUUGGGUUCACUCACUUGUGAAGGAUGCUCCACACCUGGAAUCUGGACAGUUCAGUGUUGAAGAUCAGCAAAAACAACUGCAAUGCCACCUUAACAAUGGAACAGAUGUGAUUCCAGCUUGGUUGGAGCAACUGUACAUGGAGCAAGAGCAAAUGGUGGCGUGAAUGCAAUGAUGGCUCCUUCUUGCAACUCUCAAUAGUUUAUUUAUUUGAUGAUUUUUUGAAUUUUAUAGAAUUUAUUUAGAUGACAGUAUGUAAAACGAUGGUAAAAUAGUCUCACAAGGCGAGAAUAUAGAUGUCGGGCAGGAUGCAAUUUUUCUGCCCCAACAACUUUCCGUUACUAGGAUAAUUGAUUCCAUUUUCUCCUGAUCUUUUUUGUUAUAUAUUCUAUCUAUUGAGUUGUUAGUUGUAAGUUGUAAGUUGUAACUUUGCAUUGACUGAAUUACAACAAUGUACUGAGGUUAAUAAUAAAUAAAAUGAGAUUG